AUGUUGGGUGAUUUUAACGAAAUCAUUCAUAAUGGUGAAAAGUUGGGUGGUCCGAGGAGAAGUGUCAAAUCAUUUGAAGCUUUCGCAAACAUACUUUCUGAUUGUGGGAUGACUGAACUGUCAAGUAAAGGGAACAUGUUUACCUGGGGAGGAAUGAGACACACUUGGUGGAUUCAAAGUAGAUUGGACAGAUGUUUUGGAAACAAGGAAUGGCUCUCCAUGUUCCCUGCCUCGAAUGAAGUAUUCUUAGACAAGAGAGGAUCGGAUCAUCGGCCUGUUUUGGUGAGUCUUCAGUCUUCUCAAGAAACUUAUCGAGGACAAUUCAGGUUUGACAAGCACUUCCUGUUUCAACCCUUGGUCAAAGAGUCAGUCUGUCGUGCGUGGAAUAAAAGAGAAAGAUCUACUGUGGUUUCCGUUGCUGAAAGAUUGAGAAACUGCAGGAAAUCUCUAAGUAACUGGAAGAAGAAUCAUAAUAUGAAUGCGAGGGACCGGCUUCAUCAGCUGGAGAUCAACUUGGAAGAAGAACAGUCCAGUUUUUUCCCGUCGACCGAACGGCUUCGCUACCUGAAAAGAGAACUCGUUAUGGCUUAUAAGGAAGAUGAACUGUUUUGGCGACAAAAAAGCAGACAGAGAUGGUUGAGAUCAGGGGAUCACAACUCCAAAUUCUUUCACGAAUCAGUAAAGUGUGCGAGAAACAAAAAGAAUUUGGAGUUUCUCUUGGAAGAAAACGGAGUGGCCCAAAAGUCAGAAGCAGCGAAAGGAGAGGUAGCUAUGGUGUACUUCAAGGAGUUAUUUUCCUCGUCUAACCCUACCAAUUUCACGGAAUGGUUUGCAGAUUUUGAGCCUCGAAUAUCAGAGAGGAUGAACGAUGCUUUGAUAAGGGUAGUCACAGAUGCAGAGAUAAAAGAGGAUGUCUUCUCAAUCAAGGCGUCGAGUGCCCCAGGUCCUGAUGGGAUGACAGAGUGGAGUGGUCGUACCUGA